AUGUACUAGUAAUACCAGAAGUUGUUCUAAUAAGAUCUCAUAGUACACUUGCCCUAAAUGAGUCAUCCUCCGAAUCCUGAGAAGUGACGGCGAUAAACUGAAUAAUAUUGAAACAGUUCCUUGUCCGCGCUAAAACUAGAGAAUCAGAACACAAAGCGCGAACAGGAACCCAAUCUCGCACCUUACCUCUUCGCAAUCCAUAAUAUUUCGUAUCCCAUCAUCUUGUCAUAAUCGCGUUUCAAAAAAAAACGGCUGCAGUCUCUCCGUUGUUCGCUCUUCCUAGAUAGAUCCAGUUCGAGUGUUCCUGUCACUCUCUUAUCACUUUUAAUCGCUCACUUUAGUGCGGGGGACCGAGCGAGCGCGCGCCCUCCGCAACGGCGACACGAUGGCUGCGUGGGGAUGAUGCAUAAAUCAAGAGUAUAUGCGAAAUUGACAUGAUAUUUCAAAAAGACGCAGCAGGAGAAGCGUGUCACUCGGAAGCAGACAAAAAAGUGUUCUUUAUCUUUUCUCUUUAUCUCCGUCGCUUUCACAUUUCGAGUUUCUUGAUAAAUCCGAGCGGGACAACGACGUUCUUCUUUGCAAAAAACGCGAGACACUGAUUUAUUUGACACCCCUUCCACGCACUUUCGGGUUCUAAUGUUCUAAGCCUAGGAACCUCUUCCUAAUUCGAUUAUGAUAACGGCUAGAUAAAGACGCACCAGAAGGGAUCAGAUGUAAUUCGAUUUGGUUUCGAAUCGCGCGCACCUAAGUCCGGCUGGAAGAUCGGCGUCACAUUCCAAAGGCCUUUAGAGAGCUACAGAAUCCUAGUGGACACCGGAACACCUCCGAUCAAGUUUCAUCGUCUGGAACAUCUCUGAUAAGACCACCUUUCUUUUGUCGGCGGCAUUUCCUCCGUUUCCGAAUAGUCCGCCACCCAUUGAGGUCCAUAAAUCUUCGCCCUGGUGCUGGCGGAAUCCUUAGAACUUCACCGCCCCGAACACUGAAAGAAUCAGAUUUCUGAUCCGCCCGGUGGGCCGCUGGCGAAGGAUUGGAAUGUGGAUAGCGGAGGGAUGAUGCGCGCCGCACUUUUUUACGGGAUUUGAUGCUGCGAGACAGGAGAACCGGGCAUUAAAUCCGAUUGAAUUGGUUGACACCACUUUUCUUAAAAUCCUGAUACUUUCAGAGUUCCGGAGCUGGAUCCCGCCAUCUACGGACUGUCGUUGGAGGAUAAUGUGAAGAGCGGCUACUCGCUGAACGAUCUAGCCGAGCAGCUCAGGCUCAUCUACUGCGGACCCACUGCCAUCGAGUUCAUGCACAUUAAUGUAGAUGAGCGGAAGCUUUCAGGUCCUCAUAUUUUAAUUUCAGAACUUUGAGGAACGCCAAUGGUUGUCGCAAAACUUUGAAAACUGCAUAGCCGAAGAGCUGCGGAAAGAAGAGCUUUUGCGAAUUGGAACCCUGAUGCUCAAAUGCGAAAACUUUGAUAAAUUCCUGGCGACCAAGUUCCCGACGCUCAAAAGAUACGGAGCGGAAGGAGCGGAAGCUAUGUUCGCGUUCUUUUCGGAGCUCUUCGAAGCAGCGCCCGAAAAGUCUGUUGAGCAGAUCAUCAUAGGAAUCGCCCAUCGUGGACGUCUGAACCUCCUCACACAGCUCAUGGAAUUCCCGCCAGUGCACAUGUUCAGAAAGAUCAAGGGGAGAGCGGAGUUUCCAGAAUCCGCAGACGCUGCCGGAGACGUCCUCUCCCAUCUCGUCUCCUCGUUCGAUUACAAAGGCGCCGAGGGCAAUCUUCAUGUGACAUUGCUCCCGAAUCCUUCCCAUCUCGAAGCUGUCAAUCCGGUCGCGAUGGGCAAAGCCCGUGCGAGAGCAUGGUCACUCAAAAAAGGAGACUACUCGGCUGGAGAACGGGCGGCGCGAACUGGAGACGGAGUGCUCAAUGUCCUGGUGCACGGAGACGGAGCAUUCACCGGACAAGGAGUCGUCUGGGAAUCGAUUGCUCUCAGCCAGGCGCCGCACUUCCGAUUGGGAGGAACCGUGCAUCUGGUCACCAACAAUCAGAUCGCAUUCACCGCCGAAUCGAGCGUCGGACGGUCGAGCACGCACUGCACAGAUAUUGCGAAGGCAUUCGAGUACCCGGUGAUUCAUGUAAACGGGGACUAUCCGGAGGAGGUGGUGAAGGCGACACGGCUUGCGUUGGCCUACCGGGAACGCUUCCGCAAAGACGUCUUCAUCAACUUGGUCUGUUUUCGUCGAUGGGGGCACAACGAGCUCGAUGACCCAACGUUCACUUCGCCAGUCAUGUACAAGGAAGUGGAGGCGAGGGAGUCCGUGCCGAGGCUCUUCUUGGACCGUCUCAUCGAGGAAGGACUGACGACGGAGGAAGCGGUUAAGGAGGAACUGCAGAAGCACACGGAGGCGCUGAACGGAGAGCUCAAAAAGGUGGACAGCACGCAGCCAGUGUAAGAAUAGUUAUUCAAAACACGUGAACAAGAAAAACUAGUUUAUUUCGGGCAAAUUUCGCAAAUUUUAGGAAAAUAAAUUUUGAAAAAUAGACCAUGUUCACGGAAAUAUUUGACGUGCGUGUAUGUUUCCUUAUCAUUUCUUUCCAGCGACAUCAGCCACCGCGGAAACUGGAGCGGCUUCAAGCAAGCACCUCGAUCUAUCGAAUCCUGGGACACCGGAGUGUCCACGGACCUUCUUCGCUACAUCGGCGCCGGUUCAGUGCGUGUUCCCGACAACUUUGACACUCAUAAACAUCUCUACAAAAUGCACAUCGAUUCGCGACUCCAGAAAAUGCAAUCAGGCGAAGGAAUCGAUUGGGCGACGGCCGAGGCAAUGGCGUUCGGAAGCAUCUUGCUGGAGGGUAACGACGUGCGAAUCAGCGGGCAAGACGUCGGAAGAGGCACGUUCUGUCAUCGACACGCAAUGAUGGUAGAUCAGUCUACGGAUCAGAUCCACAUCCCGUUGAAUGAGCUCGUGGAAGGGCAGAAGAAUCAGCUGGAGGUGGCCAAUAAUCUGCUCUCUGAGGAGGCCAUUCUCGGAUUCGAGUGGGGAUUCUCAUCGGAGCAUCCGAAGCGUCUCUGUGUUUGGGAAGCCCAAUUCGGAGAUUUCUUCAACGGAGCGCAGAUCAUCAUCGACACCUUCCUCGCAUCGGCCGAGAGCAAGUGGCUCACUUCCUCCGGACUCACACUGCUCCUGCCGCACGGAUUCGACGGAGCCGGACCGGAGCACAGUAGCUGUCGCAUGGAGAGAUUCCUGCAAUUGUGCGACUCCCGCGAAGAUCAGUCACCUGUGGACGGCGAAAAUGUGAAUUUGCGCGUGGCGAACCCGACGACAAGCGCCCAAUACUUUCAUUUGUUGCGAAGACAGGUAAUUAGACAUUUCGUCUUCCCGAUGCCAUAAACACAACCAUUUCAUAGGUCGUUCCCAACUACCGAAAACCGCUGAUUGUUGUCGGACCAAAGAUAUUGCUACGCCAUCCGAAGGUCAGCACCGCUAGCCCGACAAUGGCCAUUAAAAAGUUAUCCUUUUCCUACAGGCCGCCUCGACAAUCAACGAAUUCACGCCGGGCACCACCUACCGUAACGUGAUCUCGGAGGAAAAGUCUGGAAAGAACGUUAAAAGAGUGAUCUUCGUAUCCGGAAAGCACUGGAUUGCAGUGGAGAAGGCGCGAGACGAGCGCGCCCUCAAGGAUACUGUAGCUAUUGUGCGAGUCGAGAUGCUCUGUCCGUUCCCGGUUGUGGACUUGCAAGCGGUGCUGAAGCAGUAUCCGGGUGCACAAGGUAUGAGUUGGGGGGAUGACGUGGCAGUGUACCGUACAGAGCAAACACUGAACCGGCAACUGUAGUAGCAAAAAACUCAUGGCUUCCGCCACUCAUCGCUUGUCACAUUCCUUACCCCCUCGCCCACGCAAUUUCGACAAAUCGCCACCAAUUCGUCCCCUCAUCGCCGUUCACUCGACGAUUUCACCUUGACGUGAUUGAUGUACUCGGUUUAGGCGUCUUGCGUCAGAAGUUCUCUUUUUUUGUUCGCUCGCGCCAAGCCCGUUCGUCCUCCGCAGCCGUUUUCUUCUUCCUCCUCUUCGUGCCGAUCCGAUUUCGACAAGAUUAGGGCGACGAGUUGGAGACGACAGCAGGGCCGAUUUGAAUAAUGACUCUUCUCCUCCAACUACUAUUGCACUUUGUUUGAGAACUUGGUCGUUAAACGACGCCGAUGAGGAUGGAGUGAACUUGAAAAAAGUGGGGGAAGAUUUAAGAUAAGCUGACUGGGUGGUCUUGAAGAUUCGGAUCUAGGUAUUCGGUCUAGGGAUGUACAAGACUCAAGGAUCCCAGAUCUAUCACCACUCCCUGGAAGCUCUCCAGAGGUGACAAGCCACAACUGACCACGCAGCGACCCUUUCAACUGUCACUCUUCGGGAGUGAAAUAUGGUCAAGCCAAAGUGGUCUGGGAGGUCUUUUUGUUGGAGAAGAAAAGAACUCUUUCUCCCCACUUCUCGCAAAAGAUUUAUUAGAGGACAAAUGAAGUUUUCAAAGUGAGAAAACCAUUUUACAGAGUUCGUGUGGUCACAGGAGGAGCCGAGAAACGCCGGCGCGUGGUCGUUUGUGAAACCGAGAUUCGAGAACGCGUUGGGAGUCACGGUAAGUUCAUCUCGAUUUAGGAAUAUACGGAUGGGUAGGCAGGAGAAGUCUGGAACUUCUAGCGAGUUUGAACAAAUUCUGAUCUCCCUGUCUACAAAAAUUUUGAAGACUUCCCAAAAACUGCAUAUGAAUCACAUGCGAACGAACCGAUGACGUUUUCUUUCUCCCUCCUUAACUUUCACUGUCCAUUGCAUUUCAGCUGAUAUUCGCGGGCCGCCGCGAACUCGCAUGGACCGCCACUGCCGUCGGCGAACAGCACACCAAAGAGGCCGAGGAGGUGAUUAAUCAAACGUUUGCAUAA